AUGUCAGAAUAUCUUCCUCCCAACCGUCUUCUCUGGAAUCUCCCAGAGAAUGCGCAUGCAAUCUGGCCCUCCGAGCCAGAUAUCUCAGUGAUCCGGUCCAUCGCUAUCUCAGUCCUACAGCCCAUGUAUCCAUACAGCAACAUGAGGGCCGUGUCGGUGACCUUCUUUGGCGCUGGCGUCAGCAACAAGAUGUAUCAAGUCGAGCACCCAACCUGGCCGGUCAAGUACCUCUUCCGUGUCUCCCUGCCCGUCGACCCCUUCAACAAGACGGAGAGUGAAAUCGCCACCCUCGUCUACGUGAGGAGGCACACGACGAUCCCCGUUCCGAAUCCGGUCGGGUGGAAUUCCUCGUCAAAUAACGCCCUCGGAUACGAAUGGAGUCUGCUUGAGAAGAUCGAGGGCGUCGAACUGAGUUCUGUCUGGGGAAAGAUGCCGUGGGAAGCGAAGGUGAAGCUCGCACAUGAUCUCGCCGGUAUCUGCGCGCAGCUCUGGAAGCAGCGUCUUGACAAGAUCGGUUCUCUCGUUUUCGGUGAUCGAUACCAGAUCGUUGCUGGUCAGAGACUGGUACAGGAUGCGCUGCCCGACACUAUCACGGUGGGCAAGAUGGUAACGCCCUGUUUCUUCGCCGGUCGACGCAUCCAUGUCCCCGCUGACCGGGGCCCUUACGACUCAUCCCACGACUGGGUCCAGGCCGUAAUCAACUUCCAACAGAAUCUGGUCGUCUCCGGGGAAAAGAUAGCAAAGAGAUACCCGCACGUCUCGGAAGAAGAACUGGAUCUGGGACGGGGUAAAUAUGACUUCGCCGACAGGAGGCAGCUAUGCGUCGAGUAUCUCCGGGCAUUGCCCUACUACAUUCCUCCAAACGCAGAAUCCGUCGCUCAUCCGUGCUUUGUACUCUCCCAUGAAGACCUGCAUGCCUCGAACAUCCUCGUCGACCCGGAAAAGUUAAAUAUCACCGGCAUCAUUGAUUGGGAGAUGGCCCGCGUCCUGCCAGAGUGGGCUGCACGGAAAGCUCCCAAAAUAUUCGAUCGCCUGAACACUAUUACUCCUUUGUCCCCUCCGAGCCCUGUUAGGGCAGGUGCAGAUGCGUUGGCCGCCGCAUUCGCUACACAGGCGCUGCGGGAGAGGUGGGAACUGUAUCUGCUCCGUCGAGGCUUCGACGCCAGACUGCGACAGUUGGGGACGUCUCUUGCUGAAGAACCGUCGGAUGGGCUGAAGAACUCUUUCCUUAGUGACGUGUAUUGUCUUUCUGUGGAUUGGUCCUGGGCCCAGGAAAGCUUGGAGAAUUUCAUGCAGUUCAGGCCAAUGCAGCUGAGCUGA